CACGUGAACGCUAUAAAAGCAAAGCUGCACGUGGUGAUAUCAGACACCGGUGAACUCGAGCAGACAUGGAAGCACUUGUAUUUGUCCUGGUGGCUAUGUGCGGUCACGCACUAGCUGGAGAACCGAAGACCCCGAAGACGGAGAAGCGUGGCAUCUACGGCCUAGGGUACGGCCACGGCUUGGACAGCUACGGGGGUGGACAUCUCCUGGAACACGGAGGUGGAUAUUCUUUCGGGAGUCUCGGGACCGGCUUGCUAAGUGCCGGCCACGGUCUGGGAUACGGCGGAGGAAUCGGGCACGGCGGAGGGUUCGGGUACGGCGAGGGGAUCGGGUACGGCGGAGGGAUCGGGUACGGCGAGGGUCACAUCAAAGCCAUCACCGUCACCAAGGAAGUCCAGGUCCCUGUGCCACAUCCUUACCCAGUUGCCGUAGAAAAGAAAGUGCCCUACCCUGUAAAGGUCCCUGUGCCAGUCCCGGUAGACAGGCCCUACCCUGUCCACAUUCCCAAGCCUUACCCAGUGCCUGUGGAGAAGCCGGUUCCAUACCCUGUCGAGAAACCCGUUCCCUACCCUGUUAAGGUCCCCGUGAAGGUCCCUUAUCCAGUGUCUGUUCCCGUUCACAUCCCUAAACCCGUCGCCGUCCCUGUCCCUAGUCCGGUCGUCAUCCAAAAGUCUGUCCCAGUUCUAUUCAAGGACAGCAGCUUCGGCGGCCUUGACGGGGGUUACGGAGGAAUUGGCGGUGCCUACAGCCUGGGACACGAGGGGCUGAGUUUCGGACACUCUUUUGGAGGAGGGUACGGCUUAGGUGGGUACCAUCAUUAGGUACUGUACCUCACUGACACGCAAGAGACAAUCAGCUCUUCAAUGGCUGUUGGCAGAUACAUCAGUCUUCGAUUAAGCGUACGCAAAAAAGUAUGAGCGGAGUCCUCUCAAUUUAAUCUUCACGCUAUAACAUUUACACAUGCCGCUGGAUACUUAAAUACUUUUGGUCAUUUCAAAACCUAACAUGUUUAAGGUCAGAAUUUUCUAGUGACAUUCCUUCUUGAGAAUGUUCUCCUGCUUUACGCAUAUGAGAAGAACAUUCUCGUAAGUUUCAUGCGCCAUUGUACUCCUGGAGACAAAGCUCACUCCACUUCAGAACGAGUGCGGUCAGCUGUCACACACACGUCAACUCUGCAAGACACUGGACGGACGGAUGGACAGACCACAGCAAAUUGUUUCAAUUCCUUUGCAAUUUCCUCAUUAUUUAAACAACAACUACGUACUUUCACUUGCAUUUUCAUGUAUUUAGUAGUUUGUAAGAUGCAGGAAUAUUGUGUGUUUCUAAAAUGCAUCACGAUUUAUAUAAAAUGUACAAAUAUAUUUAUAAUAAAAUCAGCAGAUUUAUUGCUAUUUUAAAAG